AUGAAGAAGAUCUUUUCAUCGGAGACCAUGGACAUCCCCGACGGCGUGAGCAUCAAGGUUGAAGGCCCUCGUGGGGAUUUCCAGCUCAUCACCGAUGAGAACGGCAAGAAGAAGCUCAAGAUCGAGGCCUGGUUCGGUACCCACAAGAUGAGGCUCAUCUAUGCCCAUUUUCCCAUCAAUGCUAGCAUCACUAAUCACAACAAGGGCAUCAAGAUCCAUAGCUUUCUACUUUUCGUGAGGAAAGUGGAUAUGCUUGAUGGAGUUUCCAUUGUGCAAUCUGAGAAGGUGAAGGAUGAGUUGGUUUUCGAUGGAAAUGACAUUGAGCUUGUUUCUAGGUCAUGUGCCCUUAUCAAUCAGAACAAGGAUAUCAGGAAGUUUCUUGAUGGUAUUUAUGUUAGUGAGAAGGGGACCGCAUUAAUAAAGAAGAGAAUGAUUUUUUGAAGAGAGAUAAAAGU